CCUCCGCUCCAGGCCGCGGGAUCAUGGUGGUGCUGAAGGGCGUCCCGGCGCUCCUGUCCCCUGAGCUGCUCUACGCCCUGGCACGGAUGGGGCACGGAGACGAGAUCGUUUUUGCAGACGUGAACUUCCCCACCUCCUCCAUAUGCAGGUGUGGCCCAGAGGAGAUCCGCGCUGACGGCCUGGGCAUCCCACUGCUCCUGGAGGCCGUUCUGAAGGUGCUGCCCCUGGACACCUACGUGGAGAGCCCGGCUGCUGUCAUGGAGCUGGUGCCCAGUGACAGGAGAACAGGCCUUCAGACUCCAGUGUGGAGGAGCUACCAGUCCAUCCUAUUUGAGGCUGGCUGCACGAGCACCCUGGCGAAGAUAGAGAGGUUUGAGUUUUAUGCGCGGGCCAAAAAGGCUUUUGCUGUUGUAGCAACUGGGGAGACGGCCCUCUAUGGAAACCUCAUCCUCAAGAAGGGGGUGCUGGCCCCUGAGGCACUGUUCUAGGCCUGGCGAAGACCACUGGGCCCAGAGAGGAAUCUGGAUCUCUGAGCCAGACAACGGACGAACCGGCCCUGCCCUGCUCAGCCCAGACUGCACCCAGCUGAGGACCCCAGGGGCCAGGCCAGUCCUGGGAGGUGGGGGGAGGGGCUGCUGACUGGGGCUGGGACUCAGCCAAUUUACGA